AUGCUACUUUGGAUUUAUCUUGUGCUUCUUGGUGAAAUCUGUCAGGUGCCAGCUGUAGGAAAAAACUCAAGUAUGACUCAGGAUAGUGGGAUCAUAACAGCUAACGUUGGGCAGAAAGUGACUUUGAAAUGUAAUUGCGAGGACGAAUCUGUAACUUUCCUUUCCUGGUACCAGCAAAUCUUGGGAGGCAAACCUGUCAUCAUAUCAACUCGAAUGCGGAACUCAGAUGCUACCAUCUCCCCCGGGUAUAAAGAAAGGUUUGGCGUCUUUGAAAAACAUAAUGGAGGCAACAACGAUCUCACAAUCAAAGAUCUUCGCCUGUUGGAUUCAGCAAGUUAUUACUGUGGGGUUUUAGUAUUCAACGCAAUUGAAUUCGGAAAAGGAGCAUUCCUUCAUGUCAAAGCAUCAAAGUCCAACAUCAACGCGGUCGUCCAUCAGCUAGCGUUGGAGCCACUUCGGGAGGGAGACUCUGUGAAUUUGAGCUGUUCAGUGUAUGCUACAGUAUGUGAAGGGGAGCAGAGCCUCUACUGGUUCAGACAUGGUGCGGCUCAGCCUGCAAUCGUGUAUCCCAGUACCGGACAGUGUGAACAUAUCCUUAAAGGAGGGUAUGGCAUGAGAAAUUGCACUUUAAAACUGGCUUUAAAGUCUGUGAGCUCUCCGGAUGCAGGGAUGUAUUACUGUGCGCUGGCCUCCUGUGGGGAGAUCGUGUUUGGAAAUGGAACCAGAGUGGAGAUUUUAAGAGAUUCAACCAAUCAACGAUUUCUGCUGGUGUAUUGCCUCAGUUUGGCAUUGGCUGUUUCCAUUAUUGUGAUCCUGGCCUUGGCUUACAUUAUGUACAAGCUGAAAACAAAGUCUUGCACCGUCUGCAAAGGAACUGUUUCUCAUCAGGCGUGUUCAGCUUCUGAUACUUUGAGCCAAGAUGCAGACAUUCUCCAUUAUGCUGCUCUGAGUCUGAACCGAUCCAGAGAACGACCUCACCAUGAAGACAACGUGGAAAGUGUUUGUGUCUACUCUAGAGUAAAAAGCAGGAAAGUUUGAAGUACAAAACCAUCUAUUCUUCCUGUCAAUCUAUCGCAAGAGAACUUCACUUGACUAUGUUCAGAAUUAAAUAAUGUUGAAUGAAUUGAACAUGUGAAAUAUGUUCUAAGAUGCCAUUUGCCAAGACUAUACAUUUCUUUAUACAAAGCAAGCUCAUAAAAAAAACUAUGUCUAUUAAUAUCUUCCUUUGCCAGAAACAGAAGCAUUGGUUGCACCUUUCAAUCUAAAGCCGCCCCUCUUCGUUUACUUUUCACUCCUGCGGUAAAGGUGGUGUGAACAACAGAGUAGAAGUUUCCAUCAGUGGAAACAACAGUUCGAGCAGCGCAUGAUCACAGGAAGACUGGCCUUUGUGCAACUAGGGUAAGGGUUAACACCAAUGACUUGUCAAAGAUGAUGUUAAAGAAUGUUCACAUACCUAUAAC